GGAGUCAUUUCGGUGUUUCCAGUUCGGAGCCCGCGGGCUGGACACGGAGGGCUCUCCCCGGGAGGACGGACUGACAGCGAGGAAGAUCCCCCGGCCCAGGUGAGAGGAAGAUGAAGGUCCUGCUGGUGCUGACAAUGCUGUUUGCCUGCAGUGUGUUCACAGCUCAUGGGAAGCACCCACGUACCUUCACACCAGGACUCGAGGGAAGCACUGUAGGAAAUCUCACUGCCCACAGAUGCUACUCAGGAUGGGGCACCUCAAGGGCUUCGUUGGACCGGUGCUGCCUGCUCCGCGCCUGCUGCUAUGCCAAGCUGGCGGCUCGGCAGUGCCGCGUGGGACCCGUCCAGCCCCUCUCAGCACCCCAGGCAGGAAUCCCCACCUGCAGGUCAGGGACGUGGUGCCAGAGAAGUGCCUGCAGGUGCGAGCGGGCGGCCCGGCUGUGCCGGAUGCGUGCCCAGAGGCCGCUCCGGCACCGCAUCAAGUGCCGGGGACGAGCCGGGAGGUGUUGAAGCAAAAAAUUCCCUUUGCAAAACCACCUCUGGGCUGAUCCAUGAAGGGACGGUGCCGGCAGCACUUCCCAGCCCUGGCGAGUCUCCUCGGGACGUUUUGGCUUUGGCACGAGGACAACGACCCUCCGAUGAAGCUGCGUCAGUGUCCGCUGGACCUGAGGAGGGGGAGCAGCACUGCAGCGAUGUUUCAGCACAGCAAAAAAGGGAGGGUUGGACACCUGCCCCUCAGCCCUGUGAGGGGCACAGGGAACCAGCAGGAGCAU